AUGGCUUCUCGCUGGUGGCUGUACGUGCAGGCCAUUUUUUGGCGCUUUCUGAUGCGUCUGGGCAUGUUCUUUCAUAAUAUUCCCCCUCCGCGUCCCCCGAGAGUGACUUUCUCCCGCUCGUUCCCGUCUGGAUCCUCCAGGGUCAACUUACAGUUUUACUGCCCAUCGGGCUACUACAGCGGUCGCAAGGACGGCCGCCGGCUUCCGGUUGUCGUAAACUUCCACGGAGGCGGCUUUACACUCGGAGGCCCGACUGACGAUUCGCGAUGGGCGCAAGCCGUGUUAUCCGAAGUUGGGGCCGUCGUGGUUAGUGUUGGUUAUCGCCGGGCCCCCGAACAUCCGUUCCCGGCCGCCGUUGAUGACGGCGUCCUGGCUCUUCAGUAUUUAUCCAAACACGCCGAGGAGUUAGGUCUUGACAUCUCUCGCGUUGCCAUCAGCGGCUUCUCCGCUGGUGGAAAUUUGACUGUCACGGUGCCCCUGCGGUACCGUGACCUUCUCCUGCAGGCCGAGCAUGAGCGCUGGUUAAGUCGGGCCGACUCGACUCAUCAACUCGUGGAUGCAACCGCCACCGAGCUCAAUAUUGUUGCGCUCUUUUGCUGGUAUCCCAUCCUCGACUUUGAUGAGCCCCGUGAGCACCGUCGUGCAAUGAGCAUCAAUCCCGACAAGACGCUCCCGGCUUUCUUCACCGAUCUGUUUGACGAAGCUUACCUACCAGAUCUCGAGGAGCGUCGGUCGCCAUAUGCGUCGCCUGUGCACGCCACCGAUGAGGCAUUGCGCGAUUCGUUACCGCACGAUAUAUUUUUCUAUAUCUGCGAGUGGGAUAUGCUGCUGAACGAGGGCCAACAGUUUGUCCGCCGGCUGUUAAAUAUCAACAAACAUGUGCGCGCAAUGAUGAUCGAAGGAGCACGGCACGCUUGGGACAAGUCACCUAAUCCGUUCCGGGACACCAGGGACGUGAAUAUCCUCUACCAAGACGCUUGCGCAGACAUGAAGACCAUCUUUGGGCAGUGA